AUGGUAGACUUUAAUGAGCUUCCAGAAAUUUGGCCUACAGAUGCACCAUCCAAUAAUAGUAAUUUGUUAGAGAUUGCGCCAACACCUCGACUUUUAGAAGAAGCUGUGCAUCCUGACUUGGAAAACUGGAAUCCCAACGGUGAACAAGAAAUAAGCCGGCUGCAGUGCCAACAGCACCAGCAGCCGUGGCCAUCAUCAUCUUCGCUGUCGUUGUCGAGGUCGAGUGGCAGUAGCGACACCGAAUCAAUGUCGCUGCCGCCGUCAUUAGUUGGGUCGGAAAUAUCCUGCUCGGCGAGCGACCCGGGCCCUCAAGAGGGUGCCCGUGCUCCGCCGCCUUCGCUGCGGCUGUCGCGGCUGCAGCGGCGAAGCCGGCUACAACGGUUGUACGGCUCAAAGCGAUGUGCUCGCUGCAAUACCCCAAUCUCUGCUUCGGAACUGGUGAUGCGUGCUCGGGACCUGGUGUUCCACGUCCACUGCUUCUCAUGUGCUCUAUGCAGCACCCCACUCAACAAAGGAGACACCUUCGGCAUAAGAGACUCAGCUGUUUACUGCAGGCUGCACUACGAGACUAUGCCGGACUACGGCGCUCACAUGGCUGUGCCAGGCCCACCACAAAUGUGCCCAGUGCCCUACGCUGCUGGCCCCGCUCCUGGACCUCACUACCCCCCAUACCCUUCCCCAGAGUUCGCUCGUGUGGACAAUGAUGUUCCUAAGGGGCCCUUCUUUAACGGCUCCACAGCACCCCCUCCACGACAAAAAGGAAGACCCCGAAAAAAGAAGCCCAAAGACCAGGAAUUGAUGGCUGCGAAUUUAGAUUUGAAUCCGGAAUACCUCGAGAUGGGGUUCCGGGGUGGUGCUGGUCUGGGGUCAUCUUCGCGCACCAAACGCAUGCGCACCAGCUUCAAGCACCAUCAGUUGCGGACAAUGAAGUCGUAUUUCGCAAUCAACCACAACCCCGACGCGAAAGACCUCAAGCAGCUGAGUCAGAAGACUGGCUUGCCGAAACGAGUUUUACAGGUUUGGUUCCAGAAUGCUCGAGCAAAAUGGAGGAGAAUGGUCACCAAGCAAGAAAGCAAGUUGUCAGACAAGUGUUCGCCCGAUGCAUCUCUCGAAAUGGAUUUAUAUCAUGGCCCGAUGGGGUCGAUUCAGUCUCUGCCACCUCACAGCCCUCCCUACAGCGUAAUGGGAGGCCCACCGAGCCCAAACUCCAUGGAUUGCCCCUAGCCUUCAUUGAGCGCCUUAUGAGCGCCAUAAACCUUAAUCCGUGUGGUACGCCAAGCCGCACUAUGCGGAGGGGUGUGCCAGCAGCCUCAAGCGAGGCAAAACUUAUCACGUCAGCAACCUAGACAGACAAUAAAAACAAAAACAAUAUAUAAUCAAAACAGACAUGUUUCAGAACUCCUUGUUCGUCGAAUUUAUUCCAAACAAUUUUCUAAUAUACAUUCAUCUAAAAACUCUAUUACACAUCCAAGUCCUACAG